AUGGAAAAGAAAUGUAAGACGGAUGGAUUAAAAUUUGAACAACUGCUUUUGAAAUUAGUGCAGUCAGUCAAAAACAUUAACAAGAAUGAUGAUGAUAGUGAUGAUGGCGAUGACGAUGAUGAUAGUGACGACGAUGAUGAUGAUGAUAAUGAUGAUGAAAGUGAUAAGAACUGA